ACUUCCUGUCCGGGGCAGUGGCUCAGAGUCCGGCAGGUGAGCGGCGGGGACCCGGACGCGGGGGCUGGGUCUCAAUUGUGUUACAUCUUCAAGAAGGCUUCUUUACGAAGAUGGCAGACCUGGGGGGAGAACAGGAGUCACCUCCUGUUCCAUCCCCCAUCAGUUUUUCAUCACCUGGGAUAACUUCUGGACCUCAUCGCCACAAGGCACAGCUCCACCUCCAUGAUCAUCAACAUGGAUUUACAGUUUCCAAGCCAGGUGUAAUUUCCUUGCUACAAGAAGAGGAAGAACUGUCUGGCUCAGAUUUUCAGGGAAUUCAAGAAACUGAGAUCUCAAGAGAUACCUACACAGAUUCUGAGUCUGAGAUUGAAUUGUUAACUCCAAAGCAAGAAGUUUCUGAAGAAGGAGAAGAACAUGGAGGAAUGUUGAAAAGUCUCCUCAGGAAUGUACCUCGAGGACCCAAAUUUGGAGAACCCUGUGAACGGGAGGACAGUUUAGAAAGGCCAAUAGGAAACUCUGCUGGGGGCAGAGAGAGGAUAACCCUCUCCCAGAAGCGAGGCUCCUGGCACAUGACAGUCCUUCACCAGGAGGCUCCCCCAGGAGAGGGGAGCCAAGGAUGUGAUGAAUUUGGGGGAAGCUUUAGUCUGAGCUCAAGCUUUAUGACACGUCAGGGAGGCUCCAUAGGAGGGAAACCCCAUAAAUGUGACACCUGUGGUAAAUGCUUCAAAUACAAUUCAUUACUGAUUAAACACCAGAGAAUCCACACUGGAGAGAAACCCUAUGAAUGCAGUGAUUGUGGGAAGUGCUUCAGAGGGUGGUCAGGCUUUAUUCAACAUCACAGAAUUCACACUGGAGAGAAGCCUUAUGAAUGUAAUGAAUGUGGGAAAGCCUUCAGUCACAGUUCACAUUUUACUCAACACCUGAGAAUUCAUAAUGGAGAGAAGCCCUAUAAAUGUAAUGAAUGUGGGCAAGCUUUCAGCCAGAGCUCAAAUCUUAUUCGACACCAGAGACUUCACACUGGAGAGAAACCCUAUGAGUGUAGUGAAUGUGGGAAAGCUUUCAUUUGGAGCUCAGUGCUCAUUGAGCAUCAGAGAAUUCACACUGGGGAGAAACCCUAUGAAUGCAAUGAGUGUGGGAAAGCCUUCAGAGGGAGGUCACACUUUUUUCGACACCUGAGAACUCACACUGGAGAAAAGCCUUUUGAAUGCAAUGAAUGCGGGAAAGCCUUCGGUCAGAGCUCACAACUUAUUCAGCAUCAGAGAAUCCACUACAGAGAAUAACCCCAGGAAUGUAAUAUGAUGAGUGUGGGGGACGGAUGCCUUGAUAGAGCAGAGAAUCUACUUUGGGGCACGAGCCCAUUAAAAAAAAUAAGGUCCUAAUGAAAAGGGUUCUUGUCUGUCUAAUUCUCUUUUUGCAGCAAUCUAGCCCAGCACCGCAUGCAGUGAGGUAAUUAAUAAAUACUUGGUGAUUGGUGAUAAUAAAUUCUUGUUCAUAACUGUGUAAAAUCUUUCAGUGACUGCUCCCCUACCCUAUUUACUGAGGGGUCACAAGAAGAGAAGAAAAGUAGGGGAACAUAUUGUCAAGGAGGAAAAAAAGCAAAAUUUGGGAAAUAAGUGAGUGGCAGCCAAUUUUGUGAAGAUCUCAAGGUUUAGAGAACAUUAAAUGGAGAACACUGAAUUUGGCUGAGAGAUUAUGGGUAAUUACAAGAGCAAUUUAGGUAAUUCAGUCACCACAAGCAUUACUGAGCUCUGACUUUGGGGGUAUUAAAAAAAUAGGACAUAGCAUUCAUGUCCUUGAGGUUGUCAGAAUGGAGGAGAAUGAAAACAAUAAAUGUUCUUAGGUAGCCUCCAGCCAAACAAAGGGGACCUUGAAGAGUGGAAAGAAAAGUUGUCUUCACUUCUAAUUCCAUAUGGUCUCUUAUUUCUACCAUCCUCCCUAUCAUUUCUUGCCCUUCUCGACAGGGACAGGGUUUGGUAGAAUAGGGGAUUCAGAAUAAGGGGUCCUAACUUAAUUUUGUGUGGAACUCUGGUGGCCAAAGCAAAAUCAUUCCCUACCCCAGACUGUGCACAAGUAAAGAAUUAGGUUAAAAAAGUACCUUGAUAGAAUACCAUGCAAGGGACACCACAGUAUCAAUAAUAGAUUAUUUUUAAAGUUCAUUCAGGGUAGGAUUCCACUUAUAGCUUUAAUGAAGUCACUUGAUAGUGUAAGAGACUUACUGGAUGAUAAAAGAGAGCUGGAAUUCUAGGAGUUGCCUAGUCCAACCUUCUAGCCCACGUGGAAACAAAUCUAUAGCUUUCCUGAUGGUUAUCUUGUUACCCAACUACUUCUGUUGAUAGGAAACUCACUAACUGCAUUAAGGAACAGUUUGGGUCUGAUUUUAGAAGUUGUCCUUACACUGAGCUGGAAUUUGCUUCUUUACAACAUCCACUUGGUAUACACAUUGUUCCUCAUUUGGCCCUCUAAACAGUUAAAUCUCACUCCUUUUUUAUAUGACAACCUUUAAAGUAAUUUGAAGUCAUAUUAUGUUCUUCCUCAGUCUUCUCCAGUUACUUCAACUAAUCCUCAUGACCUAAUCCCUUUCAUCCUGAUUGUCUUGUAGGUGUGUUCCAAUUUGUUAAUGGUCACCCUUAAAAUCUGGUGCCUAGAACCUACAAGUUUAACCAUGACAUAAAGAGAUCCUAAUUUUAAAAUUUCUUUCCUUAGGAAGGUGUAAAGAGAGUUUUUCCUAUACUGUCUUUUGAAGUGGACACAUUUGACCAGAGAAUUGCCACAUUGGAUUUGCCUCAGAUACCUAUCUGGCUCUAUAUUAUAUCUGAUAGAGACCCCAAGGGAUAUGUGGUGGUAGGUCAUGGUUAUCCCAGAUAGUGUCCUCAGAAGUUAAUUCAGAGUACUCCAGAACAUUUCUGCUUAUCUUAAUGAUUUGUUACAGAUAUGUCACCAAAGAGUUCACACAGUACUCUUGAUAUAAAUCAUAGAUUCAGCCUUAUAUCCCCUAUCAGGGGUUGUGUGAUGUAAAACUUAACAUAUUCUAUGUCAGUUUACCUCAAACUAUAAGGGUUGUUCCUUUGUUUAAUACAGCACUGGUGACCAUAGCCUCUUCACCCCAUCCCUACCAUUCAUAAUUUUAGGGACUUCCAACAUAGAGUAACCUCAUUCAUUCCUUUGGGAGUCCUUUGGAUUUAGAAACCUUCAAGAUGGUGUGGUUCAACUGUAUUUUACACAUAAGAAAACUGGGACCUGGUGAGGGGAAGGGACUUUUUUUUCUAAAAUCACAUUGGAAGUAAAUAUCAGAGCCUAGACUUGAACCCAUGUCUUUCAUCUAGUUCUCUUAUUCCUGAGGUCUUGUGGCCAGAAACUUAUUUGGCAGCAUGUGGUUUUAAAUACAUGCUUCUUAGAUUAACAUUAGUCAGUUUGUUUCUAAUAUUCUCAAUAGCACGUUUGGCCCUCUAAUUCCCCCAUCUCAUUUUUACUUAUAUUCUAAGGUUCUAAUAUUGAGUUUUCCAGGAUAAUGACAGUAAACAUAAAUUAUAUCUCAGUGAGAAGGAGUUUAAGGAGUAGAAUCCCUUACCACCACCACCACCACCACCACCCACCCCCCAGUUCUCUCAAAAGCAAUGUGUUUUCUAAAGCUCAGGCAUUAUCUAUCUACCAGUUCUAAUAAUGGGUAUUUGGGGUCGUGUGUCUGUGUCUGCUGGAGCAGGCAUGGGGGGUGGGGGGCGGGGCAUAUGAGUGUGCAAUAUGCUUAGGAAAAAUAGAAUGCAAGAGGUGGAAGGGACUAUAUAGGUCACCUAGUUCAAGUCUUGGAGCAUGAAUUCUCUUUACAGCAGUCCCAGCAGGUUUUAGUCUGUGUGAAGUUCUCUAGUGAUGGGUAACUUACAAUUUAGCAAGAAAGCAAACUCCAUUUUUCAACAGUUCUAUUUCCUUCCUAAAUGUGACAAGACCACUGUAUUCAAGGUCCAGCAACCCUUCCUCUGGUAACAGACCCAGUUGUGUUUUCACCCCUUCAACUAUUGAGACCUAGUAGUAUCCUUUCUCCUGAAAUGUUAUUUCUUCAUUCCUAUUAGUCCAUCCCUCUGCCCCUAGUUAUCUCAUUUUAGGCCUCAAGCGUUCCAGUUAAUGAGUUAAAAUAUAAGUUAAUAAGGCCUUCUGCUUUAAGCAUUUACAACCCUGAUUAUUAUGAAACAUCCUCUAAGUUCCCAAAUUUUACAGUAAACCGAAUGGUCAUCUAAUGGAAUAGAUGAAAAACUUUGCAGAUGAGAAAAUAGUUCAGAAAAUCUGUGACUUGCCCAAAGUCCCAUAGGUAGUAAGUAGGAAACACAGGUGCAAUAGACCACAUAUCCAAGCCUUACCAGUGCACACUAUGCUACUUCUGUUUGUUAGGAAGUAGUCAUAUUAAAUGAAAAUCUGAUUCCCUAUGACUUCCAGGCUUUGUUCCUGUUUCUGCCUUCUUGGGUCAAGAACAAGUCGUAUAUCCCACAGAAAAUUAUAUGCUCUCAUUAUAGGAAGAUAUCUCAGAAGUCACCUAGGCCAAACCAUACCCCAAGCAUGAAUCCAUUUAACAGAAUGAUCAUUUAGUGUUGGAAGAUUCUCAUUGAAUUAUCCCUUAAGUCUUCUCUUCUUCAGGCUAAACAUUCUCAUUUCUGCCAAACUUAUUUUGACAUUGUCUAAAGUCCACUAUCCUAAAUGCCCUUCUGGUAGCAACAUCUCUUGGCAGGCAGGAGAUCCUAUAAGGCACACAAUGUGCAGGCCAUAUACCAACAUGGCUUCGGGGCAGGAAUGGAGUCAUUGGUUAUGUAUUUAAAGCUGGAAGAGAGAGGCCAUACAGCCAACUCCCUUGUUUUUCAGAUGAUGAAACUGAGGCCCUUGAAAGGCCAAUUAUCCAGCUCCACAUGCCCCCCAUUCCCCCCACCUCUGUUCCAUAUUACAGAUGCCCAAAGUCAUGUAGCUGGUGAGUAGCAGGAAUGGGACUUGAAUGAAGAUCCUUUUCUUCCAAACUGAGUGGUCUUUCCACUGAACCAUGAGGCAUCUGUUAGGGGACAGCUUGACAGGGGGAGCUCUGACAGUUCCUGUGCCUUCAAGUUGUUGGCAGUUCUUAUACUGUUCAAGGAAGCCUUGACCACUGUGUGUAUACAUUCUUCCUUCCUGAAUCCCAUAAUCACCUGGAAAGGCAGCAUAACAAAAGCUUCCAUUUGUAUGGUGUUUUACUGUUUACAGAGCAUGUUCUUCAUAAUAGUUCUAUAAAGUAAGCAAUAUAGUCCAUCCUCUUCAUUUUACAAAUGAGGAAACAGAUUCAUAGAGGUUAACUAAGUCCCAUGUAUUUUGGAAAUUCUAAGAGAUGAGUACAAGCCAGUCUCACUGUUCCCCAAAACCUGUUAGAGUUCUGUCACUGCAUGAGUGAGAAGAUAAUCUCAUACUCUAUAUGUGGAAGGCUCAUACUCCCUUGCUCUCCCCAUUCUGAUCAUUCAACUGACUUAAAAUUUCUCUUCCAUUGCUUCCUUCCUUCUGUCUUCUUUUUUUCCUCUUAUCUAUCCCCUCAUUUAUGUUCAUUCAUGUGUUCAUUUUACAAAUUUUUGUUAGGCGCUUAUUGCUGCCAGGCUGUUUCCAGGGCUGAAGCCAAGAAAGCACCCAUGCCUUCUCAAAUGUGGACAUUAUGGUUGCUAAUGAGAUUAGAAAAAAGAACAUUUACUUAAGAAAAUCUGAUAACAAUCAACUUGAAAAGAAACACAGUUUCUUAGAUAAAAUGUUGAGGAGAGACAGAGACUAUUCCAAAGACCUCUCAUCAUUCCACCUGGCUGCACUCCUUUGGACUUCAUCAUGCCCCAGAAACUUCUUCAUCCUGCAAAAUCACAUUAGUCCUGGUCCUCACAAUCAUCGGUAUCUUCUGCUCCUCAGGCCCCUUGGACUUGAGGGCAGAGCAAAAGGCUCUUCCCAAAACCUCCAUUUAAGGACAGUACCCAGGCCAACCAUCUCUUCAUUUCCUGGCUAUUCUCUUUUGGACUUCUCCAUCAUGCCCCUGUAUCAGGUACCUUUCUCCUGCACCCCACCCCAUCCUUUUCAGCUUCCUUUUCUGUGUUGUCUCCCCCCAUUAGAAUGCCAGCUCCUUGAGAACAGGGACUUUCUUCUUCAUAUUUGUAUCCCCAGCACUUAGUACAGGACCUGGUCCAUAGUAGAGGUUUAAUAAACGUGCAUUGACCGAUUGACCAGAUAGAGCAUUGCCCUUUGGAUAGAACAAUAACAGUUAAUGAGAGCUACAGAACAUUGUGGUCCAUCAACUCAAUUGCAUAUGACUAUUUUAAAAGUCAUAACUGAGAAAUAGCCGAUCAAAUAACUAACUGCUUAGGGACUUAGAAGACUAUAUAAGGCCUGUGGAGGACACUUGACAGAAAGGUGGAUUUUUGAGUUUUACAUCAUAAAUUAGAAGUAGGUCACUGGGUAUGAGGAGGCACUGAUCUGAGCCCUUAGAAGCUACAGGCCAGCAGGAGGAAAAGCUAUAGGCAAAGAAAAAAAGGUGACCACCUGAGAGAAUAGAGAAAAUUGAGCACAAGAAGAGUUAGAGACAGAAGGGCACAAGAAGUGAGAAGAGGAGCUAUUUACAGAAGACAGAAUAUAGUAAGCAAACAGGUACUUGGUCCACUCAGAGAUGACCGCUGUCUAAUAGGCUUUGCAGCUGCUCAGAGUUCAAUAUGGAGAGCUGUCUGAGCUUAUGUUCUCCAAUGUUAUCUUUAAUCAGAGAGGGGGAAUCUUUCAAGGGUUCCUUUGUUGACUUUUUUUGCUCUUUCUGGUUUGAGAAAGAGAAACAGAAAUGGUGAGAUGGAUUUUACAUCUGCUUUGCUGUGAGAAGAGGCUUGGCUUUCCUGAGAAGUGAUUGUAGAAAACAUAAUCCUCUCCUUUUUGGAAAAAAUGACUGGGGGAGAAUUCUUAGCCCUAAUUUUGAUCUACUGCUUGAGACAGAGAAAGUCCUCAGAGUCCCAAAGCAAAUAUGAGGAGCUUGGCAGUUCUCAGCCUAAGAGAGUUUCUAGUCACUGAGCACAACAUUUUCUCAGCAUCUUCCCAAGAACAGAUGUGUGCUAAAAUAAUUUGUCACUGUUUCAGUAGUCCAAGAGUAGUAGCAGAGAAGCAGUUUUGCCUAGCAGAUGGCUCAUUAUGCCAAAGUCAUCUAGUUUUGUCGUGAGGUGGCCUGGGCACAUCCCCAUGAACAUUGUGCGUGUGUUGGUAAAGAGUGUGGCCUUGGUUUGUGGCUCAACUUAUAUUUUGAUUAUUCCAGCUCUCAUCUAUUAAGUAAAUAUUAUGAUUAUCUUGCCUACUGUUGAGAAAAGAUUACAUUAUUCCUGUGUUUGCCUUCUAAUGAGUAAAUGUUAUUCUUGC